UCGUUGAACUCAGUAUCGCCACUUCUCUCUCUUUAUCCAUUGAGCUGAGCUCUUACCACUUACCACCACAACUAAGAUCUCUCUCUCUAACAACAGAUGUUUGAGACGGAUUAGUCCGUCGUGGUUAUAAAUUGAAGUAACUUUCCUUCGAUAAGCUGUGAGAUUGCUGCUACUAGAUAGAUCUACCUUUGAUAUUUGGGGACCGAUAUUUGUUAUAACGGGAAUACGUGUCCAACUGUUUCAUCAUAAUCCUGAUAACGUUUACAGUUGUCUGUUGAGAAGGUUGAUAGUCUACGGCGUGUGCAACACGUGUUGAAAAUUCAACUCGAAGACGAAACGUCCAGUCCAGACAGUCAAGUCCGACGAAUUCAUUCCAGCCAAGGGCCAAGAGUUGUAGACAGCCGAGAAUCAUGCUCGCCAACAGUCAGCCAGGCACCAACAAGGAAGUUCUGAAAAGACACCUGGAGCUUGAACAACCCAAGGGUCUGGUUCAGGUGGAGUAUGUGUGGAUAGACGGGACGGGGGAAGGAGUGCGCUCCAAGUGCCGCACCCUGGACUUUGAACCCAAAGAAGCCAAAGAAUGCCCAGUUUGGAACUUUGACGAAACCAACAACAGGAAGUCGUGCGCGGACGUGAUGCGCCGUGCCAGUGAGGCCCACCCGUGGUUCGGUAUAGAACAGGAGUACGUGCUGUUGGACUACGAUGAUCACCCCCUGGGCUGGCCCAAGAACGGAUUCCCUGGACCACAAGGCCCGUACUACUGCGGUGUCGGGGCCAACAAAGUGUACGGCCGGGACGUGGUGGAGGCUCACUAUCGGGCCUGUCUGUACGCCGGCGUCAAUGUCAGCGGCUGCAACGCAGAGGUCAUGCCGUCUCAGUGGGAGUUCCAGGUGGGUCCCUGUGAGGGUAUCUCCAUGGGCGACGAGCUGUGGAUCGCCCGCUACAUCUUGUACCGAGUGGCCGAGGACUUUGGCGUGGUGGUCAGUUUGGACCCCAAACCUCAGACUGGUCACUGGAACGGCUCAGGGGCUCAUUGUAACUACAGCACCCUGGCCAUGAGGGAGAAGGGGGGCUUGAAAGCCAUUGAGGCAGCGAUCACAGACCUAGAGAAGAAGCACAUGGAGCACAUCCGCGUGUACGACCCCAGGGGAGGGGAGGACAACGCCCGGAGGUUGUGUGGAUCUUUUGAGACCUCCAAGAUAGACAGCUUCUCUGCUGGUGUAGCCAACAGAGGGGCCAGUGUCCGUAUCCCCCGCCAAGUGGCAGCUGAUGAGAAAGGUUACCUGGAGGACAGACGACCUUCGUCUAACUGCGACCCCUACCGCGUCACGGAGGCUCUAGUCAGGACAACAGUGCUGCACGAGGACUUUUAGAAACUGGCUCCGAUGUUAGGAUCGCUUUGGAAAAUUGAGAGAAUUAUCUUCUAAGAAUUCGCUCGGAUAUUACAGUCUUUUUUGUGAACCGAGAGAGUUGCCUUCAGUGUUAUGAUUGUUAAAUACGAGGCCUUCUAAGAACUAGCUCCAAUAAUGUAAUCUUUUUUUUUUUUCCCGUAGUCUUGUGGGAAAGCAGAAAAUUGAACAGGUAAAGUGUAAAACAGGCUAACUUCCCCCGCCGCUAAGCCACAUUAAUUACAACACAUUUUAGCCUAUUGUUUUCACUAUUUUAAGAUGGACUCAGCUUUACACUUGAUUUGCUUUUAUAAAGACACCAUAAGUGAAAGGCUAGCACCUAUAUUUUUCCUAUAUAUACCGCAAGUUUAGGGCUAGUAGGCUUACCCUAAUUUUUUCUAAACACCACAAAUCAAGGGCUAGUACCCACAUUUUGUCUAAAAAUGAAAUUGUCCUGUUUUUCACAUGACCUAUUCAAUUAUCUGCGGAGUUUCGAUAGUUCACAAGAGGCCUUCCAAAAACUGAGAGAACUGUGUUUUGUUGGUUCCCAGUAAAAAAUGUAUAGAAAGAUGUUACUGGGGCAUUUUUUUCAAGUCUUUACAACUUCCGUGGGAAAAUGACAUUGAAUUUCUUGGGUUGUAAUGUCGUUGUUGUGGUGUAAUUAUGUAUAUCUACGUGGAAAA